UUCACUAACCCGGAUAUUGUUUGUAUACUGGGUUUCAGCAGCAGAGGGCUGCACGUAUCCUAACUAUUUAAUGUACUUUUGCAUGUUUAUAUCCUGUAAAGCUGUAACUGGAUUGUUUUUGUGUCUUGAGCAUUUCUUGGUGUUAACGAAUGUUACAGAGCGUUUGACCUUAUUAUAGACACACUUGCUAACAGGUGCUUUAGCCAGGUGAAUGUUGGGAGUUCGAGCCCUGUUUGGAAUCGGUCUUCUUGUGACAUCACGAGGAGGCUCUGUCCUGACCCAUACAGGAGCAUGUGCACGUAUUGCCAGUAACAUCUACAGUAAAGAUCUCACUCACAGACAGGCUUGCACUAUGGCCGAUACAAUCAAGUACUUGGGGCAAGAAGAGGCACAGCACAUUGACGAGGAGCUGUUCGAUGAGUACAGCUUCAGUGUGGAUCAGUUAAUGGAGCUGGCCGGUCUGAGCUGUGCCACAGCUGUGUCAAAGGGCUAUCCUCUACAAUCACUGCUCAAGAGUCCACCUAGAGUUCUGGUGAUCUGUGGGCCAGGAAAUAAUGGAGGAGAUGGGUUGGUUUGUGCUAGACAUCUCAAACUGUUUGGAUAUGAGCCUUCUGUAUUGUACCCAAAGCGCCCCAGCAAACAGCUGUUCCAGAAUCUUACCACCCAGUGUGAGAAGAUGGAUAUAUCCUUCCUGACAGAGAUGCCUGAGGUACAACACAAACCCCAGCGAUUCUUCUUUCAUUUAUUAGGUUGGGAUGUGGAAAACGGCUGUCCUGAUGGGAUUCAGCCUGACAUGCUCAUCUCCCUCACGGCCCCUAAGAAAGCAGCCAAUCACUUCAAAGGACGCUACCACUUCCUGGGAGGACGAUUCGUUCCUCCUGCACUUGAGCAGAAGUACCAACUGAAUCUGCCUCAAUACCCAGGCACUGACUGUGUUCAUCAGUUGAACUGAGCAUUAAGUCCUUCAAGUCAUUUUUGUGUCACUAAUUUAAAAAAAACAA